AUGUACCCGGUUGAUAGCGUUAAAACCAAAGAUUACGCGUACGGAUGGGAAGGCUGCAAAGAGCUUGCCGAGGGUACUUUCAACCGAGGUUGUCAGCAAUAUGCUCUUCUCAAAGGGCCCCUCUGUGAAGAUAAAAACAACCCUGGAGAGGAUGGGGUGUGUGAUGCUGACUUUUCGGCACAAAAUGCAGAUGCGUUCGCCGUCAUUGCAGCUGGCAUAUUCUUCAGUCACGAGUUGGGGAGACAAAUCCCACUCUACCCGCCCAAUCAUGUGUCUGCAAAAGCUGUUUCUGGGCUGUCCGCUAGAGCUGGGUGUGUACGGCAUGAUGAUAUCAUGUUUGACUCAGGAAGCAGAUUUGUGAUCAACGGCUUGGUUUCGUUUGGUGAUUCUUUCGCCGCGGGCCUGGGUACCGCCCAGACGACAACGGACGGAUGUCGUGUUGGUGGAAACAAUUAUGGUGAUCUGAUUCAUCAACACCUUGGAGACGAUAGAAUCUCCAUUGAGAAGCAGAUCUGCUCUGGUGACACGACAAUUGGCCUCCAACGUCAGAUCGGAGAAUGGACGGGUGCAUCUCCUGCAAACAUGGCCGGGAUGAUCUUGGCUAGGGAUCAGGGAGAAAGUGGCUUGCGCUACAAGCUCAAACCUCUCUACUAG